AUGGCGGCGGGCACUGCUGCUGGCCCCUUCCGGGGCCUGGCCGUGGCGGGCGGAGGCGAGAGUAGCGAUAGCGAGGAUGACGGCUGGGAGAUUGGGUACCUCGACCGGGCAUCCCAGAAAUUAAAAAGGCCGUUGCCUAUAGAAGAAAAGAAUGAAACGUUUAAGAGAGCAUUGACCACUGGAGAUAUUUCCUUAGUGAAGGAACUCCUAGAUUCUGGUAUUAGUGUAGAUUCCAGCUUUCGAUAUGGAUGGACUCCUUUGAUGUAUGCUGCUAGUGUUGCCAAUGUAGAGAUGGUUCGGGUCCUUUUGGACAGAGGUGCUAAUGCAAGCUUUGAUAAGGAUAAGCAGACUAUUUUGAUAACUGCAUGUUCUGCUCGUGGCUCUGAAGAACAGAUCUUGAAGUGUGUAGAGCUGCUACUUUCAAGAAAUGCUGAUCCAAAUGUAGCUUGUAGAAGACUUAUGACUCCUAUAAUGUAUGCUGCACGGGAUGGUCACCCUCAGGUUGUUGCUCUCCUUGUUGCACAUGGAGCAGAAGUUAAUGCCCAGGAUGAGAAUGGUUAUGCUGCUUUAACAUGGGCAGCACGUCAAGGUCAUAAAAAUGUAGUUUUGAAGUUGCUUGAACUUGGAGCUAAUAAAAUGCUACAAACCAAAGAUGGAAAGACACCAAGUGAGAUUGCAAAAAGAAAUAAACAUCUUGAGAUCUUCAACUUUCUUUCGUUGACUUUAAAUCCUUUGGAAGGAAAGCUUCAACAGCUAACUAAAGAAGAGACUAUUUGUAAACUAUUAACAGCAGAUUCUGAUAAGGAAAAAGAUCACAUAUUUGGUUCAUACACAGCAUUUGGAGAUCUGGAAAUAUUUUUACAUGGUCUUGGACUGGAACAUAUGACAGACUUAUUAAAGGAAAGGGAUAUAACUUUAAGACAACUUUUGACCAUGAAAAAAGAUGAAUUUGCAGAGAAUGGAAUUACCUCUAAAGAUCAGCAGAAAAUUCUGGCUGCUGUUAAAGAACUGGAGGUAGAAGAGAUAAAUUUUGGAGAGUUACCUGAAGUGGCAAAGUUGGAAAUCAGUGGUGAUGAAUUCCUCAACUUUCUUCUGAAAUUAAACAAACAGUGUGGCCAUUUAAUUACAGCUGUGCAGAAUAUCAUUACUGAGUUACCUGUAAAUUCUCAUAAGAUAGUACUAGAAUGGGCUUCUCCCCGGAAUUUUACUUCAGUUUGUGAAGAACUUGUUAGUAAUGUUGAAGAUUUGAGUGAAGAAGUCUGCAAACUAAAAGACUUAAUUCAAAAGCUGCAAAAUGAACGGGAAAAUGAUCCAACUCAUAUACCAUUAAUGGAAGAAGUAUCUACAUGGAAGAGUAGAAUUUUGAAGAGGACAGCUAUUACAAUAUGUGGUUUUGGGCUGAUUCUUUUCAUUUGCAAGCUAACUUUUCAGAGAAAAUAACCCUAAUGUUUGUUUUAAAUUAUGUCUGUAUGUCUUAUUCAAACUAUCCUCAUUUGCUUUUAAUAACCAUCUGUGGUACAACAUAACUUCAUUCUUUGCCUGUACUCCAUAGGAAAAUUAUGAUAAUAUGAAGCAGAGAGUUUUUCUUUAGAAAGUGAUUUGUCAAUUUGAGUUGUAAAUAUAGUUUAUAAUUUUGUUAAUUUU